UUUGUUUUGGCAGCACUUACUGUUGUCAUUUACUUGAAACUUUUUUUGUGUUCGUUUUCUGUGUUUAGUCGAUGACGAUAUUGCUUUCCCAUUUAGUGAUUUAACAAAUUGGUGUUAAGCUUUUUGAUAUUUAAUCAAAUCAACACGAGAUGUCACAAGAAGUAGAAGAAACCUUAAAACGUAUACAGGCACACAAGGGUGUAGUUGGUACUAUUGUUGUUAACAACGAAGGAAUACCAGUUAAGUCGACUUUAGAUAACACAACUACUGUGCAAUAUGCCGGAUUAAUAAGUUUGUUGGCUGAGAAAGCUCGUGGUGUAGUACGUGAUUUGGAUCCUUCAAAUGAUUUAACAUUCCUUCGUCUGCGUUCCAAAAAACAUGAAAUAAUGGUUGCUCCAGAUAAAGAUUUUAUUCUUAUUGUUAUUCAAAAUCCAACUGAUUAACUCAAAAACUAAAAGUAUAUAUAUUUCAAAUUUAAUUUGUAAGUUAAAAUAAAAUUAAUAAUGUUUAAUAAACUUUAAUUGAAAGUUA